ACAACCACAAAACAGGUUGCUUGAUUAUGAUCAAUACAGCUCGGAAGUCAGCUUGUGCAUCAAGACAACCAUCAACACCAAUACUAACACCGUCGAAAGAGACCACAGUCACACGAUACACAACUGAGGAGUCGAGUGAAUUAACCGAAUUGGUAUUGAGAUAUCGGGAUGUUUGGAAAGACAAGAGUCGUCCAUCUGCAGUUCUUCAGAAACAUUUGUGGAUGCAAUUCGCACAUUACUUACACUCGAAGGGAUGGCCGAGAAGAAACUGGACUCAUCUGCGUCGAAAGGGUCUGCACAUGCUGAAGAAACUCAAUAACACGACAAUCAAUCAGUGGGAAGUGUCGAAAAGCAAUCCCAAUUCACCUGAAAAUCCCUCCAACCACACGUCACUCUCCAGUUCCAAUGAAAAUCGACACGUGAACGUGAACGGACAAAGUGACUCGGUGACCGAGAAUCAGUCGAGUGUGCAUCAAAUCAACUUGCCUACACUCACCCCCUCACCAGUGGUAACCAUCACCUCCAAACAUCCCACAUCAACACUCAGUCCUCCUACAAACCAUGUGCAACCGAAUCCUCCACACACAACUGGUCCAAAAAUCCUGAACGCAUUCUCAACAGCUCACAUGUCUCAACAACUGGUGAUUCCACAUGAUGCCGGAGUGCUGCAACCAACCACCACCACCAUCAACAACAACAACAACACGGUUGGUGAGGUGACGAUCAACCCUAACCGAGUCGCGCUACUGACUCCUCUCCAAUGUGUCUCGUUCGGAGUCGCGAAAACCCAUACUACAGACGUAUCUCCUAUUCAAGAAGUGAAUAUCUCGAACUCACCAUCCAACCAAACGAGUCGCAUUCCUCUGACUGCAACAAUUGAUUUAUCAACGUGGAGUGAGGACGAGGAGAGCUGUUCAGAGUUGAGUGGAACGCGAAAUCAGGCGAACACGAAUGACGUGAAUGAUUUUGAUGAAAAUGCCAAGGAUUGUAUCACAUCCGAAUGUGAGAGAACCCCAUUGUCAGAGAUGUUGAUUCACAAGCAAAUGAAGUGUCUAGAUCUGAAGAUUGAAAUUCUCCAGAUGAAGAAGCAAUAUUGGUCCGAGAAACUGAAUUCAUCAUCGAAAAGCUGAAUGUUUGGUGAAAGCCAAUCUUCACAUGAACUACCAUUGUGAUUGUCAUCAAUUCUAUUCACAUAUGAAUAGUAUUGUGACUGACGAAGAUUGUUUUUCCUUUUCAUCAUUAUUGUCUAUUCGUGGUGUGUGUGCGUGUGUGUGAAGUUGUCUGUCAGUUAGUCGUUUUGUUUCGAAUCCAUUUGAAGUGGACUGUUGUUCAAUACUGCUUUGUUUCAAAUGUUCACUACUCUAUUGACUACUCUGUUGCAUACUGUACAUAAUUAAAUUUAAAUGUUGGUUUUGUAAAACUCUUAUUUUGUCUUUGAAUUAAUUUAUGAACGUCAUGGACAAUUGGUUGUGUGGAUGACGGAUGAUACUUGACUUUGAAUACAAAUAUGUUAGAACUUUGUCAAUUUUAUUUCUUAUCAUGGUGAUCAAUUGGUUUGAUUUGUAUUUAUUCUAGUGAUUUCUGUGUAAUUAACUGCUUCAUUGAUAUUUCAUUUAUGAUACAUAUUCGAUAUAUGUGUAGAGUUGAUGUCAACUUGAAAUUCUUGAUGACCACAUGUGACGGAAAUAGGAGAGAAUAAACGGUCUAAUUUGAAUGAUGAUGUCAAUGAUAAUAAUAAUAAUAAUGAUAAUGUUGAUCUUUGUUUUCGAAUAGGUUCACUCUGUUUCCUGUUAACUUGUUUGUGAAAUGACUUAUUCACAGAGCAUUUGUGUAAACCUUCAUUGCCUGUUCUGCACAAUUUCAACUAUGUCCUAGUUAAUGGUGGAGGAAUCAUGAGGAGUAGGUAGAAUAGAAUAGAAUAAUUGACUGAUGAUUGAGUUUUAUUUCGUGUUCAACGUGUAUGUGGAAAUUUGUACAGUUGACUGUUGUAUUUUGUCGAAUAUGAUUUAGAGAACGAUUUGUUAGAAUUGUUUUUGAAUGUGUGAUUUGUUCGACGAUGUUUUCUCGUUCGUAAGUCAACUAGUUUGAUAAUAUCAUUAGGUUAUCAGUCAGUUGGAUUGAGGUGCACAUGUCGAAUCUUCAUUGCUAGUGAUUGAUCAUUUAGGAAUCGUGACGACUUUACAUAAUGAACGAGUUCUCAGUUAUAUUGAUUUAAGCGUAUAUUGUCAAGAUGUGUUGAUCGAACUUAUGUGUAGUAAGUUGUAUAAUGGAGCGGUAAAAUUGUGGAAGUGUGGUGUAUACUUCGGUGGUUUACAUGAAUAUGUGAAUUGUUAUAUCCUAGUGAAGAUUACGUUGCGAGUAACGUCUGAGACUUAUUAAUGUACUAUUAUUAUUUAUAUAUUCUCAUGGUAUAAAUAUUCAGUAACUAGAUUAUGUAUAUCUAUAUUCCCCUUGUUAUAAGCUUUAUUUUGACCUAUAUAUUAUUAUUGUACGAUUUACGGUUCUUAAGCUAUGUUCAAUUUAUUAACUACUGCCUCCCACAUUCACAGCCACUUUUUGGCUUUAUUGUGUACAAAUGUUAUUUCCUAUUUUGUGGUGCGUUGCAGUCUGUUUGUUUGAUAUAUAAAUACAGUAUGUUUGAAAUAUAUGAUUGGCAUAGUGGAA